AUGAAGCCGAUUGUGCUGAGCUUUCAGAUUCCGUCGAUGCGGGACGCGUGCAAGGCGAACGCGCGGCGCAGCAGUGAGGCUGCCGCGGCUGCACAGACGCUGGUGGUUCCCUACCCGAAUGGCAAGUUCACCUUGCAGAUCAGUGGCAUUCACGCGCGGCUUGGACCGACGAAAACAUCCGCUUGCACGAGCAAUGGGGCCUGCAAACCUAGGCAGAAGCAACAGCACACAGGGAGAAUGCCGUCAUCUCUCUCUUCGGACAGUGGUCUAGCGGCUGAUAUCGUCGUGCACGCGCACGUCUGUGGGGAGGUGAACUGCGCGCCGAGGUCGUACGUCGUCGCUGUGAUUCCGCUGCGGUUUGGCGGCACGGCUACUCCCCCCCUCUCAGGCCCUGCGCCCUCGUCUUCAGUCCCAUCGACGUCCGUUGGUACUGUGACGCUGCCGUCCGCACCGUAUGACAAGCGCGUUAUCAACGCACAGGCUCGCAUGGCACACCGUGGUGUCAUGGCACCCGUGUUCACCUCUGCCUUCGCGAGGCUGGACUUGCGCACGCAGGUGGAGCGGGUGCGACUGAGCUUCACUGUCGUUCCCUGUGGCAGGCCCGCUGAGGGUGGCGCGGUUGCCAACGGCGUGGGCCACGCACACGCAGGUAAGCGACUGCGCGAGGAGGCUGGCAAGGGUGCUGGCGACGCGGAGUCCGCGGCGCCGCUGGACUGCGCUAUCGACGUGACGGUGGUGGGCACGGUGUCCGCUAUUGCGUAG